UUGUAAAGAAUGAUCAGGCGAUGGCUACUGUCGUCGAUUGGCCCGCUAUUACCAAUCAGUUGAUCGACGAGUUUAAUUCGGAAGGUUACUGGAGCAGAGCGUUUCCUACUCUGUUUCCGACGGGUGCCGGUGAGUAUCUGGCGCCGAGACAGCGACGGCUAACGCUCGGUCAGUACUCGAAGCAUCUCAUUCGCUAUCGUGACGGACGGUUUGCGCAGCAUCCCAGAUUUCGUUACUUUGCACUGAACACCAUGAUGAGAUGGCGAGCUCUCGAGACAGGCCGUGUGUUUGUCAAACAGAGAAUUGGUGAAAACCAUCUGAGCGUGGAAGAACCGAAGGAGAUGGUUAAUCGAGGUGACACUUCGUUUGCAUCUCGAGUAAUGAGGUUUAGUAGUUCUUUGCAUGGAACUAGACAGUACUGGUGUACUCAAAGACUAAACCUAGCGGCCAUGCAAGAGGCACUAGGCAUGCCAAGUAUAUUCUUUACGCUUAGUGCUGCUGAUACUCAAUGGCCAGAGCUUCAGGAUUUGAUGCGUCACUAUCGGCCAAACACUAACCAAGACAAGCCCAGUGAAAGCAUAAAGGCGGUCAUUCAAAAUCCUCAUUUGACCGAUUGGUUCUUUUUGCACAGAGCAGAAAAAUUUAUGCGAUACUUUUUGCAAAACAGUCUUGGUGCUGUAGAUUUCUGGGCACGCAUUGAGUAUCAGCACAGAGGGAGUUCUCAUUUGCAUGGUGUGGCAUGGCUGGCCGAUGCUCCACAUUCUGAUAAGAUAAGUUCAGAGUGGGCAUGCAUGCACAGUGCAUCCGAGUCGGGCGAAGCCGAAGCCACUAGCGAACAAAUGAGAAGGGCAGAGGACAUUGCACAGGAGGUGUAUGACUUUGCUGAUGCCCUGGUAACUACGUGGAAUCCCACGUUGAAUGAAACGGGGGGGGAGGGUCACAUGCCUCGAGCAGAAAUGCACCCCUGUCACAAACGACAUGGAGAUGUGACCGACGAAGAGCAGGAUUAUGCUGAACUAAUAGCCAAUGUGCAGAGGCAUACAAAAUGCUCAACGGCUUACUGUCUUUGCCGCGCUAAACGUAAGAGGACCUCUGCCCUAGCAGGGGACAACGAUCAUGGCAGUGAAAACGAGCUACAGUGCCGUUUUAAGUUUCCCAAAGUCUUGUCAAGUAGAACACAUUUUGAACUACAAGACAAGCAGCCAGAGCUUGUUACGCGGCGAAAUGAUUCUCGCAUUAAUGGGCAUAACCGGGCUCAAUUGACAGGCUGGCGGGCUAAUGUUGACAUGCAGGUGUGUGUCAAUGCAGAAAUGGUGUCUAAGUACAUGACCAAAUAUGCCAGCAAGAGUGAAGGCAUGUCUGAACCGGUUGGUUCAUUGGCAAGGUCGUCCUUCUCUCCCUUAUCGGUUAGGUCGGGCGGGAGUGCGUAGUUUAUAGUUUUUCCUUUCUCCUGAACCGGUUAGGUCAGGGCAGGAGUGUGUAGAUUAUAGUUUUUCCUUUCUCCUGAAUCGGUUAGGUCGGGACAGAAGUGUAUAGUGUAUAGUUUCCUUCCUUCUUCCUCCUGAACCGGUUAGGUCGGGACAGGAGUGAAUAGUGUAUGGUUUUCUUCCCUCUUCAUUCUGAUAUUUAAGCAGCUGUAUUGACGGACAGACAGACAGACAGACACACAGACAGACGGACAUACAUGUAUUUACAGACAGACAUCGAGCAGUUGUGAUUGUGGAAAGGAAGUGGACAUCCAAGGAUACCAUCUAAUCACUUGUAAGACUGGCGGUGGUCCAGUGCACACUCACAACUCAAUUGUGUCAGCAUGGUCUAACUGCCUUUCUCAACUCAACUUGCCACACAAACCAGAGCCACAAUACCGGUAUGUCAACAGUGACAAGAGGUCGGACAUCCUCGUUUAUAACCCAGAUUUAGGUGCAGACAUUGAAUUAGAUGUGUCAUUGGCUCAUCCAUGGUGUUUGGACUCAGUGAAGGCAGCCUCCAGAGAAGAAGGAGUAGCAGCAAUGAAACGGGAGAAGAAAGAGGCAAAGUAUAAUUCUGAGCUGCUGCCAGAAGGACCUGCCCAUUGGUCAUUCCUCUUGUUUUCCAACAUUUUGGCCGUUGGGGCAAACAAGCUGGCAAAGAGUGCAAGAGAUGAUGAAGGAAAACGAAAUGAGACCGACUUCAAGAACAAGUGGUGAUCAAUCAUUUCAGUGACACUACAACGUUGCAAUGCAAAAGUCGUCUUGGACAAACUCAUUAGCAUAGCGAGUUAGAACGUCGAAAUGUAUUGUGCUCAGUGUAGUUUGUAUGCUUUAGGACAGUAAUGGUCUUGUUGUGUUAGUGUUAGGUUGCUCAUGAUGUAAACGUUUGAUUUAAAUGGAAAAUAUAUGU